UUGGUCCUCACUUUGCUGCACGCCUUUUAGAAAAAUGCAGAGCUGCCGAAAUCCGCCUCUGAGUGAGCUACGCAUGCGCCUUGAGAGGCACUUCAAACAGUACUGGCGAUCAAGGGCUGUAGUUGAAACAGGCAGAGAAAUGGGGUGAAAACGAGUAAAAUAAUAACUGUUAUUGUUUUAUCUCUCUCACACCUUAGCCAGAUCUAAAAUGGAGGAGGAGCAGCAGCAGUUGUGAUUGAAAACCUCGAAUCCUUUUAUAAAAUAAAACAUAAACACGUAGAGAGGUUUUUUUUUAAAGACAAAGACACACGUAAACAGAGUGCGGGAGCGUGAGGACACGCAAAAUGGAGGCUGCUUCUUCUUCAGCCUUGCGAUGCGUUUCAAACGGGAUUGUAAAGACCACAGUAACUUAGACAGGCGAACAGGACGAAGGCUUUCGAAAAACACUUUAACACGAACAUUAAUAAAAACCCACCGGACGCCUGGAAACGGUGUGGGGUGUGGGGGGGGGGGGUGUAAAUCAUGACUAUGAGAUCCACGGUGUUCAAACCGGGGGGGCUCAAGCUUGAUAGAGAUUUAAACCCGGAGAAGCCCGACUUUGAAAAGGUGCAAAGCGGUGUCAACAUCAAGCGAGAACCGGGCGAGCCGGUCCUGGAACCCGGACACGGUGGCGGUUUGCCCGCCGUGCUGGGCAACAUCCACAACGGCGCCAACCAGAACCAGAACCAGCACCACCACGGCAAGAACCGCAAGCUGAAGGAGAACAACGGCAAUAAAAACAAACCCGGCAGCCGCAACCCCGGCGGAGCUGCCGGGCUGAACAAAGCGCAGGGGGGGUGCUUGGGUCUCGGGCAGGGGAAGACCUGGUUGAGUUUGGAGGGGAUUCAUAAUAACGUAUUCAUAACGGGACAGGCUGCCAGUAAUAUUAAGACGGUUACCGGGACCCCGGUUAACACUACAGCUAAUGCUAAGAAGAGAGACCCCGGGGGCACCGAGGCUGCGGCGGGCGGAGCGGGGUCUUUGGAGCUGAACAUGGAAAGCAAGUGGAAAAACUUGAAAAAAAGACCGACCCAGGCGACCUGCCUCCGACAGAUCCUGCUGCUGCAACUGGACCUGAUCGAGCAGCAGCAGCAGCAGCUGCAGACGAAAGACAAGGAGAUCGACGAGCUGAAAUCCGAGAAGGAAACGCUGCAGGCUCGGAUGGAGCGGAUGGAGAGGAGGAUGCAGCUGGUGAAGGCGGAGUCGGAGCACAGCGAGAGGGAGGAGCCUCAGGAGGGAGGGGCGGAGACCCCGCAGCCCCCCUCCCCAAAGCCCGUGCCCUUCGGACGCGGGGGGAAGGGGCACAAGCGGUACAGCAGGAAGUUCGGUUUCUGGAACACAAAGACCCCGGUCAAGACGCUGACGUCGGAGUUCACGAAAGCCAGGGGCAAGACCCCCAAGUUCUCCCCGCUGAAGGAGUCCGAGCCCGGGGGGGGCCCUUUCCAGUGGGAGCUGCGCAGCAAGGAGACCCCCGAGAAGGUGUCCGCGGCUGCGAGGGUGCAGGGAGACUCCCCCACACCGCUCUGGGGGAGCCCCCCGAGCCCGCAGCCCCGCAGCUCGGGUGUGGAGCCAGAGGAGCUGCCCUUCAUGUCCACCACUGAAAUGUACCUGUGCCGCUGGCAGCAGCCCCGCCCCUCCCCGCGGCGCGAGACCACCAGCAAGAAAGAGGGGAGCGUAGCCAUCCCUUCCUGGAGAGAGCACUCUAUGGAACCCUUGAAGGAGAUGACUCCCCCUGAUUUCGUAGAGAAUUUGGAUGACAGCGUCUUUUUGAAGCGUCACGCGAAGUUGGAGCUAGAUGAAAAGAGGAGAAAAAGGUGGGAUAUCCAGCGCAUCAGGGAGCAGCGCAUGUUUCAGCGGCUGCAGCAGCGCAUGUACAAGAAGAAAGGCAUCCAGGAGUCAGAGCCAGAGGUGUCCUCCUUCUACCCAGAGACUGACGAUGUGGAGUCUCUGAUGAUCACCCCUUUCCUGCCUGUCGUAGCGUUCGGACAGCCGUUACCAAAACUCACACAGCAGAAUUUCGAGCUUCCCUGGCUGGAUCAGCGAAGCCGCUGUCGGAUCGAGAUCCAGAAGAAACAGACCCCACACCGGACCUGCCGGAAGUGAGGAAGAGGCUUUCUUCAUCUCCUCCUCCUCCUCCCCCUCACGCUGUUCAGCCGGAGGACAAAAAGCUCAACGAACUCUGCAGAAGACACGGACAACAUCUUUAAAACGACAAAAAAAAAAAAAAAACUAAAUAAACAGUUUAAAAUAUAUUAAGAAAAUGAACAAAAGUUUUUAUAUAACGUCUCUGUCACAGUGCAGUAUUCUGCCACCCUCCCUCCCUUCUCUCUCUCUCCUCCUCCUCCUCCACUCUUGUUCCAAUUAAUAAACCCUGAUGUGUUUGUUCUUAAUAUUUUAACGUGAAUGGCACAGGAGAGACUAAAAACAGCAUUCGGUGACGGUUCUGUUCUGGUUUUGCAUAUAUAUAUCCAGGGCGACUUACAAUUGUUACAAGAUAUCACAUUAUUUUUACAUACAAUUACCCAUUUAUACAGUCGGGUUUUUACUGGAGCAUUCUAGGUAAAGUACCUUGCUCAAGGGUACAACAGCAGUGUCCCCCACUGGGGAUUGAACCCACAACCCUCCGGUCAAGAGUCCAAAGCCCUAACCACUACUCCACACUGCUGCCCAUUUAUUCGGCGUUAUCAGCCACCUUGGUGCCAGAAAAAAAAAAAAAAAAAGACAAUAUAUGAUGAAUACCACACUACAUGUGAAAAGAUUCUGGUUGGAAAAUGAUUGAUGCUGUAUAAAUGCAUUCGUUUUUAUUUUCCGACCUGCUGAACAUUAUGCAAACCCAGCCUGCACACAUCCGGUACAGCUUUGGAAGCUCUGAACUCCGCAAGUAUCCACGCGUUGUUUUUUUAAAUGUAGAACCACGUUCUUAGUCCACCACUGCGUCCGUGCGUGUUUUGACCGUUUCACCUGCUGUAAUGCUAAAUUCUGAACUUUGCAAUAGCUUUCAAAUAUAGAGCCGCACUUAUAAAAUAGGUUGUGAUGACUAUAUAAAGGUAAACCUACAGUGAAAAGGUUUAGGGGGGAGUCUUCUAGCUAAUACUUGAGUGCUCAGUACACACCUAAUGGGUAUUUUUGUCCCAAAGCCUGUUUCUGUUGAAUACAUGUGUACAGUAGCUGUCUUGGUCUGUUUUGAUGCAAAGGUUUUAAUAUUGGUGCAAUGCAGUUUCUUCGCCCUGUGCGUUCUUUGACUCCAUACUCAUCCUCACUUUACCUGGUGUCAAUUUGAUCACUUCUGUAAAGUGGCUGUUAUUUUUUAUUAUUAUUUAAAAGUUCGAAUUCUUAGAUAAAAAAAUGUCUUCAGUGUUUAUAUUGGUAUUUUUUUUAAAAAACUGCUUGUAUGUGAAAAAUAAUUGAUAAAGUGGAAUUGUUUUUUUUUUUUUUUAAAUAAAAUUGAAAAACUGUU